AUGUUAAUGAAUGCAUCCAUAGCUGAUCUCUUGGUUUCUGGGCUAAGAAUGUUAUUCAAUGAGGUUGAAUUUCGGUGGAAGGUUCAUAAUGCCAGACCACAGUCCUACUUGUCACACUUAGAAAAGAAGCAGCUCUCAGCGAACGAUUCUCAUCUUACUACCACGCCUCCCCCACCAAAAUGGAAGAAAAAAAUUGAUUCUGCAGUUGUAGAGGCAGCUAUGCAGGAUUUUAUCGACAAGUUUUUGCGCGAUUUUGUGAUUGAUCUGUGGUAUUCUGAUGUUACACCUGACAAAGAGGCACCUGAGUUGAUACGUGCUGUAAUCAUGGAUGCAUUUGGCGAAGUAUCUGGCAGACUCAAAGCAGUAAACCUUGUUGACCUUUUGACGAGAAAAAAUCAGGCUUUUAUUGGUGUGGAUGUCACGGGAACACUUUCUUCUGAAGAACGAGAUGAAAGGUUGAAACACCAUCUCCUGGCUUCUAAGCAGCUUCAUCCUGCUUUUUUGAUGUGUGAAUAUAAUUCAUUUCUAAAUUUCAAAGGAGUUUCUGAUAGCUUGAUGCAGAAAGUUGUUGGCUCACGUUCCUCUACGUGUGAACCAGCUUAUUUAGUUACAAGCAGAACUUUUUCCUGGAAUGCCGACAAUAUUAAAAAACUGACUUUGAGUCACAAUACCACUGAGUCAACUAACAGUUUCUCAGAUAACGAGGAAGGUGAUAAAGAUGAAAGCCAUGGGCAACAGGAAGUAGAAUAUGCUGCGCAAGCCAAUGGGUGGCAUUCGGACUAUGAAUUGAACCCAAAGGCGUUUCCACCAAGAACUGUGACAUGUGAUGAAGACUUCACCCUGCAUUCUAAGGAAAUUCGUGCUCAAAGCACGCAAUCUGAGUUGCACGGUCUGAGCAGAUAUUCAGAGGUUAGUCUGGCAAUAACAUCUGUUCCCCAAGAGGAUCCAUCGGGGAUGCCUCCAGAGGUACAGUGGUAG